AUGACGUCCCCUAUAAGUCUCUCUCUCGCUCCUCCCCGUCCCGUCCCCUCCUGCUCCCCUCAUUGCCCACCUUCGACCUUUCUUUCGUCCUCUUCCCAUUCUUCUCCAUUCUUCUGCUUUCCCGUUUUCCCCAUCAGGCCACCGCCCUCACGUCUUUGCUCGUCGGGGUUGAGGAUUUCUUCCCCGGUGUUUAAACCGAGGAAGAGGGCGUUGUGCGUGGUCGUGUCGGCCAAAGGGGGGAAGAUGACUGCGGGCGAAGAGAUAAAUUCUGCGGAGAUGUCAGAGGAGGACGAUGCUUCCCUCCUCCCAGACGCCUCUGGGAGCUCCAGACCUCGUCGCAUUGCGCUCUUUGUUGAGCCGUCCCCUUUUUCGUGAGCUCUCUCCACUCUUUCUCCUCCUUCCCUUCAGUAUAUCUGCCUCCUCGUCGCUUUUUCAUCCUAAAGUCCUUCUCGUGGGUAUGAAUUCUAGGUGCCGUGCCUCUGGCUGCCCCUCUCUUUCUUCCGGGGUGGCCCGUUAAUUAGUUCAUGUUAGCUUCCUGAUUAAUACACCUGAACCCAAGGCCGUGUGUGGGUUCGCUCCUGAUUUUUUUCUUCAUGGCCUUCUCUCAUUUCGAAAAAGCAUGUCUCGACUGUCUAUAGGAAUUACAUGUAUCUAGGACGGACAACCCAUCUAAAGCUCAUUGAUGGCCAAAUGAGCAUAUGCCCAGAUAAUCUUCGGAAGGAAAAAAGCCAGCUAACUAAUCGAAUUGAGCAUAUUCCGGGGAUUCUGCCCAAAUUGGCCACCAAAUUGGGGGGGCAUUUUUGAGUCUUCUGUCUGUAUCGUUUAACUUUGAUGCCUCUUCCAUAUGUUUUGGUGUUUAUGACAACGAUGCAUGCCUGAUUUCCCUGUCCAAUUCGCAGUUAUGUUUCUGGAUACAAGAACCGAUUCCAGAAUUUCAUCAGGUAUCUCCGCGAGAUGGGUGAUGAGGUAAUCAACUAUUAUAUUAUUUUUUUUUGUCAAAAUUAUUGUCCCUCCUGAAAAUUUUCCCUUAGCUAGCCCAACCUCUCUCUCUCUCUCUCUCUCUCUCUCUCUCUCUCUGUGACUCGCGCUGUGUUUGUAUGUGCCUUUGUGUAUAUUAUUACGCCAUUUUUUAACCUGCAAUGUAUGGCUGGAAAUUGACCGGCAAGAAGCAAAUUCAUUUAUGGCGGCAUAUUAUUGCUCCAAAAUCAUUAUUUUAAUUUAUAGAUCCUAAUUUUUAUCUCCGCUGUGUGGUUUCAUUCGAUAUUUGAUAGCAGAUUUGGGAUCUUGUAGGUCAUUGUUGUGACUACCCAUGAAGGCGUGCCUGAAGAAUUUUAUGGGGCAAAAGUAAUUGGCUCUUGGAGGUACGCUUAACCCAUAUGAAGGCGCCCGCCCUUAUCCCUUUUCUGUCUACACCUCUCGUUCCCAGGUUCAGGCCUCGCAAGCAGUUUUCAAAGCUAUGGACCCCUUGGUUUCCCCCCAUAUUUCCUCCUAGCUGUUUCCUCCCAUGCGAUGGGAAGAGCUUACUGAAAUCGAUUGGCAGCCUAAUUCCCAUAAUAAUUUUAACCCAUUAGGGUCAACCCUUCUCUGAAUAUGUGAAGUCAAAUAGCCGGCAGCCCAUUAGCCUAAUUCCCAUAAGUACUUUAACCCAUGAGGAUCAACCCUUCUCUGAAGAUCUGCAGUCAAAUAUCCAGCACUUCUUUUUAGUGAUGCCCGUCUUCUUCUCAAUAGAUUCCUUGCAUGCUGCUGAUGGUUCUUGCUCUCAAUCCAGCUUUCCCUGCCCCUGGUACACAAAAGUGCCUCUCUCUCUAGCCCUCAGCCCGCGCAUAAUCUCUCAAGUGGCAAACUUUAAGCCCGACAUAAUACACGCAUCAUCGCCGGGGAUCAUGGUAAUGCCCGCCCUUGCCCCCUUAAUAAAUCGUCAUUAUUGUUCCCGAAUAUUUUUUAAUUUCCCUCUCGGUCCAGGUAUUUGGUGCGCUCAUAAUAGCAAAAUUGCUCUGCGUCCCCCUGGUUAUGUCCUAUCACACUCAUGUUCCCAUGUAAGUUGCCCUCUUUCUUAAUCGGGUGAGAUGACAAAUCUGCACUUAUUUAUUUAUUUAUCUAUCGGGCGAGUAUGCUGUGCGAUGUAGUUUAUUGGUCUAUAAGUAUAUAUCCUUUGGUGACUCCAAAAUUGUAGGAGUGUAGGGUGAAUAUAAUCAAUACAGAUCAGAGCGGCUUGCUCCUCGCUGCUCUUUCUUGAUGCCAGCAACUCAUGUUUAGGCGUGUAACCCAGCAGGCUGAUCAUCCAGUAGCCUUAUCUUCUGUAUCGCCCCUUGUCUGACUCAAGACAGCAGUCUGUUGUUUCCUUCGAAUCACUUGUUCCUUGACUGCUGCUGAUCUUCAUUUGAGCAGCUGUGGUGAAGUAGCGUUGACUUCCUAUGACUUUAGUGAUGAAGACUAUUCCCAUUUCUUUGCAGAUAUAUCCCUAGAUACACCUUCAGUUGGCUGGUGAAGCCCAUGUGGCUCAUCAUAAGUAAGCGCCCUCCUUCCAAUCGCUUAAAGUUUGACUGACUCUUCUGCGUGUGUGGGCAUUCCACUCGUUGACUCUUUUUUAUUUUCUCCUCUCUCUCCUCCGUCUCCUAGAAUUUCUCCACAGGGCAGCUGACCUUACGUUGGUUCCGUCGGCUGCCAUUGGGAGGGACCUAUUGGUUGCUCAGGUGACGGCAGGUUGGUGCAUCUCAUAUUUCAUAUGUUGGCUAUGUUUGACCUUGUGGCCUCCUUGGUGGAGAAGUCAAUGAGGGUGGUUUACUUCUGUAGCUCACAAGAUACGCCUCUGGAACAAGGGUGUGGACUCCAACAGCUUCCACCCCAGUCACCGUAACCAUGAAAUGAGGGUAAGAUUGAGGUAAGCUGCUUCCCUCCCGCCCCUCUCUGUCAACAACCUGCUUUGCAACGGAAAUGAGGAAGGAGACUGAAAAAAAAAUUUCUCAGUGGCGGUGAACCAGAAAGGCCCCUCGUAGUUCAUGUCGGACGGCUCGGAGCUGAAAAGAGUUUGGAUUUCCUCAAAAAGUUAGUUCUCCUUCUCCCGAUGCUUUCCUUCGUCGUUCGUCUGCAGGUCUUCUGCCGUUGACCACCUUCUCAAAGAAAAGGGGCCGCUUUCUGCGUUCUCCUGGAUUAUCCGUCAAUAUUUCUUCAUGUUCAUACGUUGGGCGUUCCUUCACAUUCGAACCAUCAACGCAUCGGUAUAGAUGCUCCGCAUCUGAUCAGCUGCACAUGGGGUUUGACUCCGCAGGGUGAUGGACAGACUCCCACAUGCUCGAAUCGCCUUCGUAGGAGAUGGACCAUACAGGUUCCCCCACCCAUCCUUGCUUUCUGGUUCUUGGUUUGGCAUCAUCUCUGCACGAAAUCAUUCACUGAGGCGGCUGCUGUCAUGGCAGGGAGGAGCUCGAGAAGUUGUUUGUGGGGAUGCCGGCGGUGUUCACAGGGAUGCUGCACGGCGAGGAGCUGUCCCAGGCCUAUGCGAGCGGCGAUGUGUUUGUGAUGCCAUCGGAAUCGGAGACCCUCGGCCUGGUGGUGCUGGAGGCCAUGUCGUCGGGGCUGCCGGUGGUGGCGGCUCGUGCUGGAGGAAUACCCGACAUCAUCCCAGAGGACCAGGAGGGAGUCACCGGCUUCCUCUUCUCCCCCGGCGACCUUGAUGACUGCAUCGGCAAGAUGGAGCGGCUGCUGGCAGACAGCGAGUUCAGGGAGGCCAUGGGGAAGGCGGCGAGGGUGGAGAUGGAGAAGCAUGACUGGCGUGCCGCCACCCUCAAGAUCCGCAACGAGCAGUAUAACGCCGCCAUCUGGUUCUGGAGGAAGAAGAGGGCCCAGCUGCUCAGACCCGUCGAGUGGCUGGUGAGGCGAAUCUUUGGUUCGCCGGAGGUCAACUACACCUGA